AGUUGGACGAUAAAUCAAAUAGAUCUUCUGAAGAUGUUGAGACUUGCAUCGAGGCAAGAUUAAUCGCGCGUGCGGUAUGCCAGACCGUCGGUCUUCGGCAUUUGUUGAAAGAUUGAUGUAAUACUGUAGAUGGGAUCGGCACAAGCCCAUGCAUGGCGAUCACGCCUCAACAACCCCAGCUCUCUUUUGUUUGGCUGGCUGGAGAAAAAGAGUCCGGCCAACCACGUCCAAGCAGGACAAACGCGGCCUUUGUCAUGAUUUGCUGCCCCUUGUCUAAAAGGCCCAUAAGCUCAUUUUUAGAAUCUUUGAUGCGCAGGGCACUGCACAGGGCGGGCUUCUUCUUCAGUAUGUGGGGUGACUCGACCACGGAGGGUUGGAUUAAUGUAGCCCACGAUGUACAUUAUUGCAGCAACAUCUUCGGGCUAUUAGCAACCAUCGCUUUUGAGUCUGUAAAUAUCCGGCUGUAUUGUAACCAUCUGUUCGGCAAAUGGGGAAAUUUUUCAAGCAUGCUUCAAGUCCGCAUGGGACAGUGCAUCGUCUUUGUUUGGUGGUCAUUGCGACUAGUGACCGCAGCAAAAACACCAGAGUGGCCCCAGCUGGUUUUGAGUUCAUGCCUAGUCUCCCAUUACAUCAAAAGUACUCCUACCACAGACCCAGGCGACACCACGAGGGGACGAGACACCUGCGGAAUGAAACCAAAUAAUGCCGCGGAUACCCAAUGAAUAUGAACUGGGCAGGUACCGCUACCUGCUCGCAGUAGCGCAAGGAGAAGGGCGUGCUUACUUUCAUUAAUUAGUAGGUGGUUGGCAGGUCCCUGGCCAGAUAAGGGCACGAAGGAGGUUUCAACAUGAGUUUAUCUGGAAGGUCCUCUGAGGACGAGAGGCUGUUGGUGUCUUUGCCUGGUCUCGCCUGGCGUUUCCCAUCCCAUCAAUCAUUGCGAUCGGUUUUGACACGGGCAUCAUUGCAACAAGUUGCUUCGCCAAAGCAGGCCAAGC